AUGGGGCAAGGGGAAAAGAGGCCAAGGCUGUCGGACGACCCUCCCUCUGCAGCCAACGCAACGGCAGCUGGCAGCAGCCGCGAAGAGGGAGCGGGAGAACAACUGCCUGCUCAUGAUGAUCCCCUUGUUCAGCAGGAGCAACAGCAGCAACAGCAGCAGCAGCAGGGAGGACCUGCAACGUUCAAGUCCUUAGGUUUGUGCCGUGAGAUAUGUGCCGCAGCAGCCGCAGCCAAGUGGGCGACUCCGACAGCCGUGCAGCAGCAGGUGAUACCGCUGGCGCUGCAGCAGUUGCAUCGGUUGCGCGGAGCAGACGCUGUGCAGCACAGAGACAUAAUUGCACUUGCUGCAACGGGCAGCGGCAAGACGGGUGCGUUCGUGCUGCCCCUGCUGCAUGAGCUGUUGCAGCAAAGCAGCAGCAGCAGGAGCCGGAGUCUCACCAGCAGCAGCAGCGCAUUCGCUGUGAUCCUGGCACCAACCCGCGAGCUCGCCUUGCAAGUCUUCGACUGGGUGCAGUCUUUAGCUGCCGCAGCGGCUGCCGCGGAGAGUACAGCUGCGGCCGUCGCUGCUGCUGCAGCUGCCAUUCGUGGCUGCUGCUGCGCGCUGGUCGGGGGGGUGGAUUUCUCGUUGCAGGCCUUGUCUCUCGCAAAAAAGCCCCAAAUCCUCGUGUGUACCCCCGGGAGGCUUAUCGAUCACCUCCACAGGACGAAGGGUUUCUCCGUCAAGGGAUGCAGGUAUAUCGUGAUGGACGAGGCGGAUAAGCUGCUGUGUCCAGAGUACGCUGAAGAAAUCUCUAGACUGCUGGCUGCAGCUCCGAAAGAAAAGGUUGUGCUUCUUUUUUCGGCGACCAUGACCUCGAGUGUCUGCAAGCUGAAUAAGGCGUGCUUGGUGAAGCCUAUCAAGGUUUCGGUAGACAAGAAGACAGCCACAGCGCCAGUCUUGCUGCAGCAAUUUUUGCUGCUUCCCCUGAAGCACAAGUGGACGUAUGCUGCAGCGUUGCUGCAGCAACAUCGGAGCUUCAACAGCAUCAUGAUCUUUACGAAUACGUGCCUUGCCGCCAGGAAGCUUGCCACUUACUUGAGGCACAUGGCUUUCGACGCAGUGUGCCUUCAUGGGCAGAUGACGCAGCCUCAACGCAUCGGCGCCCUUGCCAAAUUCCGUGCUGGCGAAGUGCGCAUUCUGGUGACAACGGAGGUUGGAAGCCGCGGUCUCGAUAUUUCUCAAGUCGAGUUUGUGCUUAAUUUUGAUGUGCCACUCUCAUCAAAGGACUACAUCCACAGGGUCGGGAGGACGGCACGCGCGGGGAGAAGCGGCAGAGCUCUCACAUUCGUUACACAAUAUGACGUGGAGGCAUACCAGCGCAUAGAGUUUGCUCUUGAGAAGAAGCUGGAAGAAUAUGCGGACCUACCCGAAGAAAAGGCCCUUGCCUUUCACGAACGGGCACUUGAGGCGCUCCGGGAAACCGAGUUGGAGCUUCAUGAGGCCCAAGAGGCCAGAUCCAACAAAAAACGAAAGCACAAUCAAACCAACCGAAAGCGUAAAGCUUAA